UAAGAGCCCUUUGGGAGAUCAUUCACUCUGUUCAUCAGACUGGUGCCGGUUCCUGAGUAAUUCUUAAGAAAAAUAUCGGUCCUUGCCAUAUGGUAGACCAUUGUCUGAUACAGAUUUGCAGAGUACCAUGCUUGACAUCAUGGAGAAAUAUGUGUUAAAUUCUGAAAAGUUGGCAAGAUUAGGCAGCACACAGGGAAAUGAAAGUUUUAAUCGACAGGUGGCUUCUAAAGCUCCCAAGGCGAAUCAUUAUAGUUCUUCCAGCUUAAAGUACAGAGUGGCUACAAGUGUACUACAGAAGAACGAUGGACACAGCUAUGUAACAAACGUGAAUCGUCGCCUUGGAUUGUCACCAGGCUAUUUUACCGAGAGGUUGGCGAAAAUUAGAGAUCUUCAGCACAAAAGAAGAAAAGCUAUUGCCUUAACAUUUAAAGCAAAACAAAGAAGGCGAUUCUUGAAAUCAAAAAGACAACAAGGCAGCUCAACGAGUUAAAGAGGGUGUCACGUACUCUGAGGGAGUAAACUUCCAAACCAUAGAGUCUACUGAUGUGCAAGUAAUACCACCUCCAUCUGUUCAGCCAUCAUUGGAAACACUUCCAGUCAGCAGUGUUAAAACAAUGGAUGAGGUCAUCUUUGAUAUUGAGGCCACAG